AUGAAGAUUACCAGUCUUCUUCAAGCCUCCGUGACGGCGAUAGGCCUCCUCGCGCCUUCAGCAGAUGCCAGAGCACACCGUCGUGCUCAUUACGGCAUCACUAUUCGCAGAAAUGUCGUGGCAAACGAGACAACCGGCAACACGCUGAUUCCAGUGGUCGUCGGUGGUCCGCAAGAUUUGUUUGUGCCGAAUCUGGUCCGCGCAGCUGUGGGGGACGUUGUGCAGUUCCAGUUCAGCAACGGAAACCACACCGUGACGCAAAGUGAAGAGUCAGAAGGGUGCACGCCUCUACAGGCAAAAGACCCGAGUGCGGUACACAGUGGCCACAUUCCGUUCCAAGACGGUCAAGUCGAGGUGGGCACCUUUAGCAUGGUGGUGCAGUCGACAGAGCCCAUGUUUUUAUAUUGCGCGACGGGCCCUCACUGUCAGACUGGACAAGUAAUGGUUAUUAAUCCUACAACUGACGCCCAGCUGGCAAAUUACGCAAAGGUGUCCCAGUCAACAGAGGCAAGUGUUGAUGGAACGCAUGUUGCAGGUGGCAUUGUCAGCAAAAUUGCCCUGGACAAGGCUGCAUUCGUUCCAGCACCACCAGAGGAAGAAGGAGCAUAA